AUGUUCAGCUCGAGCGCCAAGAUCGUCAAGCCCAAUGGCGAGAAGCCGGACAAGUUCGAGUCCGGCAUCUCUCAGGCGCUGCUCGAGCUGGAGAUGAACUCAGAUCUCAAGGCGCAGCUGCGGGAGCUCAACAUCACUGCGGCCAAGGAAAUUGAAGUUGGUGGUGGCCGGAAAGCCAUCAUAAUUUUUGUACCAGUUCCUCAGCUGAAAUCCUUCCAAAAAAUCCAAGUCCGGCUGGUUCGUGAAUUGGAGAAAAAGUUCAGCGGGAAACACGUAGUCUUCAUUGCUCAGAGGAGGAUUCUGCCCAAGCCAACUCGGAAAAGCCGAACGGAAAAUAAGCAGAAGCGCCCCAGAAGCCGCACGCUCACCGCAGUGCACGACGCUAUCCUUGAGGACUUGGUCUUCCAGAGUGAGAUUGUGGGCAAGAGGAUCCGUGUGAAACUGGACGGCAGCCGGCUCAUAAAGGUUCAUUUAGACAAAGCACAGCAGAACAACGUGGAGCACAAGGUGGAAACUUUUUCUGGUGUGUAUAAGAAGCUCACGGGCAAGGAUGUUAAUUUUAAAUUCCCAGAGUUUCAGUUGUAAAGAAAAUGACUGAAUAAAGUGUCAUUCGU